AUGGCCAUGGCGAAUAACCCCACGAAAUCCGGACACUACGCGCAGAACAAGGGCCGGUCGCUGCCCAAGUUCGGGGAGUGGGACGUGAAGAACCCGGCCACGGCCGACGGCUUCACCGUCAUAUUCCAGCGAGCCCGCGACGACAAGAAGACGACCGCUGGCCCCGGGAGGCCGGGCAUCCCGCCGGCCUUCAGGAACGCCGACGGCGGCAACGGCACCAUCAAAACCGGCAACGGCUACCCGUACGCCAGGGUGGCGACACCCAAACGGUCCAAGAAGAGCUGGUUCUCCUGCACCAGCUGCCGAUUCUGA